AUGAACACAACAGAUUUGAAAUAUUUAGCUGUAACUGCGGCAUCGAUAACAGACAAAGUUAACGAAAAAGGUCGGCCACAUAAUAAGCGUUAUCCUUUUCAACAGCAGCAUCCACAAACAACAACACAUAUUUUGAUGAAAUACAGUGAACGUCAUGUACCUAUUCUUUAUGGUCCACAAAUUCCUCGACGAGAUCGUGAUGAUACUCGAGAACGAUACAGUCGAGCUAUUCUCACACUUUUCGUGCCUUGGCGCACCGUUACUGAUCUUUGUGGCGUCAAUCAAACAUGGGAAGAUGCUUUUAAAUCUCGAAAAAAUCGUAUUUCUAUUCAUUCAUGGAAGAUCAUAGAAAAUAUUCAACUUUUACAUGAAUGUAAAAAGGAUCGCGAUGAGUAUUUACUUCAAGUUAUUGCUGAAGCUCAAACUGAUAAUGAUGCAAUCGAUCCUGUUCUUUUGCCUGCAAAUCAACAUAUUGAUGGUGAAUAUGAUAUGAAUGAUAGUGAAGACUUAUUAGAAUUGAUAGGCAAUAUAGACGAAUACACAACUGCAAUGAUUAAUACCACCAAAAGAUCAACAGAAGAUAAAUAUAUUGAAGAAGCUAUUGAAGCAGUCGAAAAUGUUGGACGUUUUAGUCAUAUAAAUAGUAAUUCAUCGCCAAUCUUCUUUAAUGAAUCUAUCGAUUCUGCGAAUCAACAACUUGUACCGUUCGUUUCUGCAACAACAAAUCUUGUUCGACUAAAUACAAAAUGGCAAGAACAGCUGAAAGCUGAAAAAGAACGAGUUAGACGAAGUUUAAUUACAGGCAACUAUGAUGAAGAAGAUAAUACAACAAAUUUGCAAGCUGCAAAAGAUGCCACUGUCACAGCGUUGAAUCCAAAUAGUUAUAAUAAAAACAACUUUGACAGCUAUGGUUCGAUUCUCCCAGUUGUCUCUAUUGCAACCAACUUUCCCAAUCAAACAAGUAUUGCUGAUGAAUUUACAUUAAAUAGAGAACAAAGAGCUGCUUUCAUGAUAAUAACAAGUCAUCUUGAUGGUGAUAGUCGAUGUCGUACAGAUAUUUUUACAACUUAUUGUAAGCCAAAUUGA